AUGCAGAUCUUCGUGAAGACCCUUACAGGAAAAACCAUCACUCUCGACGUGGAACCUUCCGACACCAUCGAAAAUGUGAAGGCCAAAAUCCAAGACAAGGAGGGCAUCCCGCCUGAUCAGCAGCGUCUUAUCUUCGCAGGAAAGCAACUUGAUGACGGCAGGACUCUUUCGGAUUACAACAUUCAGAAGGAAAGCACCCUUCACUUGGUGCUUCGUCUUCGUGGAGGCAUUAUCGAGCCCUCCUUGGCGUUGCUGGCGUCGAAGUACAACUGUGAGAAGAAGAUCUGCCGCAAGUGUUACGCGCGUCUCCCUCCUCGUGCCACCAACUGUCGAAAGAAGAAGUGCGGGCAUACUAGCCAGCUCAGGCCCAAGAAGAAGCCAAAGAGCUAA